AUGGAGAGCCCCAGUUCACAAGCAGCAACCAUGUCUGAUGCAUCGUCAACGUGCUUCCGCUCCACAGUGACCCGCGGUCAUGGAAAACGACUCUCUGAGGAGGAGAUUCGCGAUAUUUUGUACGACGACGAUGCUAUGGAUGAUGACCUGGACUAUGAUCCAGAGAAAGAUCUGACACAGAGGUCUGAUACGAGUGAGGGAAAGACGCAAGUGGAUGAUGUGGCGAGUGCAUAUGCUUUAUUCCCGUAUAACGGUGAUGAUAUGGCGGACAUGGAAUAUUUCCAGGCAUAUUUUGACAAUGUCUUCAUGAGGCAUCUUGUGACCGAGACAAACAUGUAUGCCCACACCCUCAUAGACAGCGGCAUAUUACCUGCCUUACGCCUCACGCGAUGGAAGGCAACGACAAUCGACGAGAUGUACGUGUUUCUGGCUCUAUGCAUGAUGAUGAAACACUGCGAGAAAGCUGUCGUCCAGGACUACUGGAACAAAGACAGCCUUGUUCCAUCACCCGUCUUCAACCGGUAUAUGUCGCGGGAUAAGUUCCACUUGAUUCUCAGGCGCCUGCAUUUCGAGAACAAUGCAAAUGCGGACAGACGCGACAGACUGUGGAAGGUACGCAAGGUAUUCAGCGACCUGCGAGGGAACUUCAGGGAUUAUUUUGUACCUGGACAGAAUGUCGUUAUCGACGAGUUGCUUGUACUGUUCAAGGGCAGACUGGCUUUCAAGCAGUACAUCCCUUCCAAGCAGCACCGUUUUGGACUAAAGUUUUUCAUGCUGUGCGACUGUGAGACUGGUAUCGUCCUGGACAUGAUCUUGUAUUCUGGACGCCCUGAGCUUCAGGAAAAAGCAUUCUCGUGA